AGCCCGCUGAGGAGUCGCCAUGAGUAAGGCCCACCCUCCCGAACUGAAGAAAUUUAUGGACAAGAAGUUAUCGUUAAAGUUAAAUGGUGGCAGACAUGUACAAGGAAUACUUCGGGGCUUUGAUCCCUUUAUGAAUCUUGUGAUUGAUGAGUGUGUGGAAAUGGCAACUAGUGGGCAACAGAAUAACAUAGAAAUGGUGGUCAUACGAGGAAACAGCAUCAUCAUGUUAGAAGCCUUGGAAAGAGUCUAAACGAUGUCUGUUGAAUAGA